GUUCGUUUGGUUAACCAAACGAUGAGUCGUUGCUGAAAUUUGACAUAACACGUGUAGUUCUUUGUGGUGGCGGUGGUGGCGGUGGUCUUGGUUGGCUAAAAUUUAAAGGCCAAGAUCAGUUCAGUAAUAAUGGCUACCUGUUCUAUCUUCCGAGCACUUUUGUUGUUUCUCACUCUUUCAGACUUAUUUGUCCAAAAUCUCAGUAUCGGAGUAGGAAUAAACUAUGGACAAAUUGCCGACAAUCUGCCAUCCCCAUCUCGCGUUGCCAACCUCCUUACAUCUCUCAACAUUAGCAGAGUAAAACUCUAUGAUGCCGAUCCGAACGUCCUGCUCGCCUUCUCUAACUCGAAUGUUGAUUUCAUUGUUGGCCUAGGAAAUGAGUAUCUUCAGAGUAUGGCUGACCCCAUAAAAGCUCAAAAUUGGAUUCAACAGCAUGUUACACCCCACCUUCCUCAAACAAAGAUUUCCUGCAUCCUUGUGGGAAAUGAGGUAUUCUAUAGCAAUGACACUCAGUUAAAAUCUAGUCUCCUCCCAGCAAUGCAAAGUGUGUAUCAUACUCUUGUUAACCUUGGACUAGAUAAACAAGUUACUGUCACAACUGCACACUCUCUUACAAUAUUAGGUAAUUCGUACCCUCCCUCAGCAGGAACUUUUAGGGAAGAUCUUGCCCAGUAUAUCAAACCUCUUCUGAAUUUUCAUGCUCAGAUCAAUUCACCCUUCUUAAUAAAUGCAUAUCCAUAUUUUGCAUACAAGGGUAACCCAGGUCAGGUUCAAUUAGAGUAUGUGCUAUUUCAGCCUAACCAAGGGAUGACUGAUCCAGUUACGAAUUUACACUAUGAUAACAUGUUGUAUGCUCAAAUUGAUGCCGUGUAUUCGGCGAUGAAAGCAAUGGGGCAUACAGAUGUUGAGGUUAAAAUUUCGGAGACAGGUUGGCCAUCUAAGGGGGAUACUGAUGAGGCAGGAGCUACGCCAGAGAAUGCCGAAUUAUAUAAUGGUAAUUUGCUGCAAAGAAUACAGGAGAGGCAAGGUACUCCAGCAAAACCGUCUACUCCAGUUGACAUAUACGUGUUUGCACUUUUUAACGAGAAUUUAAAGCCCGGUCCGGCAUCAGAGAGGAACUAUGGCCUCUACUAUCCUAAUGGUACCCCAGUUUACAGCAUUGGAUUACAGGGCAGAUUACAGGGCUAUCUACCGGGGUUUGACAUUUCAGCAUCCAGUAACAAUGCUUUGUCUGUUUUUAGCUUUCUUAUCAUUCUUAUGGCAAGCUUAAUCUGUGAGCACUUGUGAAUUCUUGAACGGAAGGCAGGAGAGAUCAAAAGAGAAAACAUAGGAAUUCCUAGAGAUCAUUUAAUGCAAGAGGAUUUUCGACGGGUGAGAAACUCAAUUACUUUUACUCAAUGCUAACCAUAUAUCUUAACUAACCCCAACUCCUAAACCUGCUACCUAUGGUCCAUACCUUCUCAUUUUUCUUUAUCUUUAUUGUGAUGUACUCAGAUUCUCUUGGACUUUCAUACACUAGAACCAAUUAGAAAAACUUCAAAUCAUAUGAUGGGAAAUUCGGAUACUUUAUUUUUUAGACAAGUUUUACCACGAAUCUAUAAGGGAAACAAAAACGUACGUGGAGCUUUUAUUUCUAAUAUAAAAGCUACUUACUCCAGCAGUGACAGAUCGGAGCUUUUCUUUUAUAAACCGCACAAGAUUCAUCAUAGAGAACAAUAAUCAUAUAUGCAUAUAUAGUAUAAACCAUUCAUUAACAGAUUAGGUAAUUCAUCUUUAAAAAAUAACAAUAAUCAUGAAGAAGCCAUGAGGUAAUUAGCUAAGGUAGGUAGAAAAGUAUUAAGAACUACAAAUUAUUUAACAAAAAUCUAAUAAUUAGUGUUAUGGGAGAACUUGGUGAAGAUUUUAGAGGGCGAUUUGUGGGAUUCUAGGACUCGCAGCAUUUUGUUGUAUAUGGAGCAAUAGAAUUGAUUUUACCAUGUAAGCACAAGUCUAGAAAUAAAAAUAUUUGCUGA